GGCAUAAUAUAAUAUGGUACCCACAACCUAGUGGCUAGUAUAUAUACAUAUUCCUUUAUUAUUAAUCACAGAGUAGGUACCUUUUUUUUAUAUAGAAAGUAGAAACUAUAAAUUGAAAGUAAUAUAGGUUAUUUAUAUACUCAUUAAUACUGAUGUAUAAUACAUUAUAAACGAGACAAGUUUUCGUGCACCAAAUCAUUCUACACUUGUGGUAAAUAUUUUCACUCUUUACAUUGUUAUCUACAAAGCUUCAUUAGCUAUUAACAUUUAACAAUGUGUUGACAAUCUUGCCAUCACUCAGAAAUACCGCGAUUAAAGUUUGGUUAAUUAAAUGCAAAAAAUAUUUCAAAGGAAUACUUUCACUAAUCAGUUAAAAUAAAUAUUUUCUCUCUUGGGUUGUUUGUAUUGAGUUGCGCAUACUCAAUGAUGAUUUGGACAGUCAUUCCCGAAAUAUAAAUAUCACAAACCUGCCACCGUGUAAAGUGUAAACAGUUUAUCCGGAUUCCCACCUCGAAAUCAAAAUGAAAAUUACCGUAACCACGCUUAACGACGACAUCUUUAUUCUUGAUGUUUCUGAAGAUCUGGAACUAGAAAACUUUAAGGCUUUUUGCGAAAUUGAAUCUGGAUUUCCCGCGAAAGAUAUCAUUCUAAAUUUUAAUGGUAAACCUUUACUUGACGACAAGAAGACCCUCAAGGAACUUGGCGUUAAUGAUGGAGACAUCAUCAUUUUAAUCCAUCUGGUACAAUCGGCUUCUAAUCUAAAUAAUCGAGAUGCCAACCAAGCAAUCCCAUCAAAUUUGGCAAAUCUAGACUUUAGUAGUAUCCAAGUCCCAUCAAGUGCUGGCACAUCAAUGGCUUCAAGAGCAACACCUGUAGAAGAGGAUCCUAGAGUUAUUAGAGAAAUGUUUUUGGCAAAUCCAAAUGAGAUUGCUUUACUCAAACAAAACAACCCUGCAUUAGCUGAUGCUCUCCUGAGUGGAAAUCUUGACACAUUUGCUUCUGUUCUGCGUGAACAAAUAGCGGCAAGGACAGAACGGCAACAACAAAGAAUCAGAAUGAUGAACUCAGAUCCAUUUGAUACUGAAGCUCAACGGAUGAUUGCUGAAGAGAUAAGGCAAAAAAACAUAGAAGCAAAUAUGGAAGCUGCAAUGGAAUAUAAUCCGGAGACAUUCGGAACAGUUGUUAUGUUGUAUAUCAACUGUCAUGUAAAUGGAUUCCCAGUAAAAGCUUUCAUUGAUUCUGGUGCACAAACUACAAUAAUGUCCUCCGCUUGUGCUGAACGAUGCAAUAUAAUGCGCCUUGUUGACACAAGAUGGGCUGGUAUAGCGAAAGGUGUUGGUGUCCAAAGAAUUAUAGGACGUAUCCACAUGGUCCAAAUGAGAAUUGAAAAAGACUUCUUGACUACAUCAUUUUCUGUUUUAGAAGAACAGCCGAUGGAUAUGCUUCUUGGACUUGAUAUGCUUAAACGGCAUCAGUGUAAUAUAGAUUUGAAGAGGAAUGUACUUGUUAUUGGUACGACCGGUACUGAAACGCCUUUCCUUUCUGAAUCUGACCUACCAGAGUGUGCUCAAUUGGUUUCUGAAGAUGAAAUUGUCAAUCAAUCAUGUCGCGAUCAAAAGGACCGCGAAGGAAAGGAGGCAGCUGAGAAAUCCAAACAAGAAGCGAGACAAAUCCAAAGAUCGACUUCGAGUGGUUCGCCCUCAACUAGUACGAGAGUUGGUCUGGGUGAUCCAAGUCAAACGAUCCUGCCCACAGACACAUUUCGCGAGACUGAUGUUGAGGAAAUAGUUAACCUCGGUUUUACUAGACAGCAGGUUAUAGUUGAGCUUCGUCGAUUCAACGGAGACAAAACACAAGCUACUGUGGCACUGUUCGCUAAAUCUCUCAAAUUUUGACCGAUGUCACCUUAUAAAAUGAUUACCACAAUUAAGACCUAUUUUAGAAGGCUUCAGAAAACUGGCGUAUCCUUUAAUUUCUAUUAGAUUAUUUGCGUUUAAAAAAAAUUGUAUUUCUAACAGUCUUGUUUAGCUCACUUUAUGUAUUUGGCCGGAGAUAAAGUUUAUAGAUCUGCUAUAUUGUAAUAUUUCUUUCAAUCAAAUCAACUAUAUUUAUUGAUUUUUGCGUUUACUAUAAAUGAAGUCAUUUUUUCUACUCUGCACGAAUGCCUGAGCUAGGUCUUUUGUAAAAAAUUAAGUUCGCCAACACCGAAAAUGUUUAUUUUAUAUAGAAAUGAAACACUUGAGCAAUGCA